CCGCCGGAGAGGCGCGCUAUGUGCUCUCGGAGGCGAGGGUGACAUUUGGAUUACUUUUCCACAACAGAACUGUUCUCUUUGAGGUUCGGCGUCGGUUCCGAUUAAACUCGCGCCAACAUACCCCGAGUGCUCGGAUACUGGUCUUCUUCGUAAUCCAGAGAACGGCGGAUAUUCUCAGCUAGGAUAAAUGCAUGAGACAGACUGGCGCUCCGCCGUCCGCACCGAUACGUCGCGCUGUGCUGCGGAAGGGGGUCACAUGGCGUUACCUCGAGCCACGACAGAGUUCGUGGGUGCCGUCUGGUAAACGCGCGCGUUUCUUGAUCGGCCGGUUGACGUGCAGCUGGCUGUUAACCUCUUGCCGCAUGUAGCCAGUGCGUUGAGAACGCUAGUGCUAGUGGCCAUGCCUCAGGUUUCUUUCUUAGUUGGUGCUAACAAGGUUUGACACGUUUCACCCUCGUUCACCCACGCGAAACGCUAUCCAGCCAUGAAAACUGAAAAGAAGCCCAACGAGCCCAGCUGUUGUCCACCUGCAACAGUGGUCAAGGAUGAAACUGACGCUGAUUCAAUCAAGGAAGAGAACACAGGUGGCAAUAACGACGAUGCAACUGGAGAAGAUACCGCGGAGUGUCAGAGGGAUCCUUGUCUGGAUUCAUCUAAUGGCGAAGGUGCAAUGACUGGGGAAAAGCAGAAUACUAAUGGAAACCAACCAAUGCUGAAUUCCAUUAAGCAAGAAGGAGAUCAUCACUCUACCGACGAUUUAUCUGAUUGUAGAGGAAAUAAUAUUAUGGAUUCCACACAACCACUUGUUAGUAACGUUGUGGGGAAACAAAUGGGAACUGGUACAGGAGAGGCUCAAUAUAUGCAGCAGCAGAGUCAAAUUUUUGUAUUUUCUACAAAGUUAGCAAAUGCAGGCGCAGAGGCAGUGUUGAGACAGGAAUACACGUCCAUCGUCGCUUAUCAUUGUGCACAACCAGGCACUAAAAAGUGUUUGGAGAAACAACCAAAUAAACUAAAUCCAAUACGCCAAAAUCCUGCUCAAUGGUUAAAUAAUCUUGCUAUAAUAAAACAGAAAGGCCAUCAGGGAAAUGCGAAUAAUACUUUCCCGACUGAACAACCUCCGGAUUUACCAGCACUAGAUCCUAAUGCUCCACAAUUUUGGAACGAUCAACCUAACUUGCGAAACAUAAAUGGUGGAAAUUCCCUUGGUAAUUCAGAACCAUCGUUAGAUGAUGGAAACAUAGAUGUGCCUUGCCUUGUGCCGAACUCUCCUGGUAAUUCAGCCAAUCCUCAACCUGCUAAUAACGCCAUCAUGGGCCACAGUCCAAAUUUGUUAGGUGGCACAACAAGUCCAGGUCCAGGUGGACAACCAUCACUGCAUGGUGUCAAAGUUCCAGAUGAAAAUCUAACUCCGAGACAAAGACAACACAGAGAAGUUCAAUUGGCAACCUUACGAAAAAUGCAAAUAAUGUUGUUCAAGGAAGAUCAACCUGGCAACAGCACUUUGACGGACACAACGCAAGGAACUACGGUGCCGUGUCUCCCAAAUGUUCCUCCUGUAGGCGUACCGAAUCAAUGUCCUCCAUCUAUGGAUUGGCAUAAGUUGCAGCAUCAAUUUCUUGACGGCAAGAACAAAGCAGCAGUCGGUAAUCCUGGUGCGGUGUCAUUGCGCGGAAGCAACAUGGUUGGAGUACCGCGAAGUCAAGGCCCGCCACCACCAUAUCAUCAAACCACUCGGUCCGCUAGUGUGCCAAUCGCAAUUCAGAGUCCGAAUCCAUCGUCGCCCAAUAACCCGACCAGCAAUCUGUCGUUACCGUCACCGCGCGCGAGUUCAGCUCUGAAUUCACCAGCGGAUUGCAACAGACAGUUUCAGCUUGGUAAUCAAAGAACUGGUCAUCUACCUGGACAGAGUCCGACAAGUCAGGAUUCUCCGAAUCCGGCAGUUGCCACUGCAGCUACGGCAGCUGUUUCAACGACGCGACUGAAUCACAGUAAUCCAGGAACACCAGUCUCUCAUUCCCAUAUUGCUGCUCUUAGUCCAAGUGGUGCUACUGCUCAAAAGGAUCCUUCUCUCGAAUUUCCCACCAGUCAACAGCCAAACGGUAAGUUGGAUGGUAUCUUCUGCCGAUCGCUGCAGUCUUUAGCUCAACAGAAGCAGCAACAUACAGGAAAUGUUAACGCAUCGACCGUGAAAGAAGCGAAUCUAAUGCCAGUACCGAGUCCUCACCAACUUCAAUAUCUUAGCACGUUUGAAGGACAAGAAUUGACUAUACAGAAGCAACCCAAUACGAGUCUAAAGGAUGGAAAUUCAUCUACGAACACGAGCAAUACAACAGAGAUGCCUAACAGAAUGUUGCCAGGAAGUCUAGACAGCAACAAUCAGUUCCCCACCAGAUCGGAGGGCGCGAGUCCUGUGAAUCAAAUGGAUAAUAUGAACCGAGGUUUCGGGGGUUCUUUACAUAGUCCUCAUACGCCGCACACACCGCACACACCAGGUAGCGCCGCGCCGCAUACUCCAGCGGAUCCCGCAAAACCGGGUAACAAAUCCAGCACCAGCGCACAAAGCAGCCCGACGCCUCACAAUACCAGUAUACCUGAUAGUAUGGGUCCUCCGCGAAUAGUACCGGCUUCGCCUACCAUGAAACCCGAUACGUCGCCGCCGUCCGUAAAAGAUGUCCAACAACAACAACAGCAGCAGCAACAACAACAGCAAACGCAAUCACAACAACAACCACAGCAGCAGCAGCAGCAACAGCAACAGCCGCCGCCGCAACAACAGCCUACAGUGGUGAAUCCGAACAAUACCAAUACGACUGUAGUGCCAUCACUGAGCGGCCCCGGUGGCGGUGGUGUUUCAUUCUCCUGCGGCAGGACGUCGAUAAACGUGAGCCAACCCUCAGACAACGUGCCUCUUAAUCCUAACAAUAUCGGCAGUCGCCUCGGCGGCUUAAACACCAUGAACACAAACCAGUUUGAUCCGAUAUCGUCACUGACGCAGAUGAACCAGCAGCUCGCAAGUACGGCGGCAAACAACUCGCUUGGUAACGAGCCCAUGCACUCUGGUAAUACCGCUGGAAUGAUGCCAUUCGGUAAUCCACAUGCUGCUGGCGUACACAUGAUGCAAAUGGGAGGCGAGAUGAACGGAAGCUGUCACAUGGGAACGACCAGCGCAGAGCCUGGCAAUGAGGUUGGCGGAAUGUGUAUGGGCCUCGCGGGUCCACCGACGAGUUACAGUCCCACUACUUCUCACACGGGUAGUCCCGGUGGAGUUCCUAGCAAGAUGGGUCAUCCUAUGAUGGGCGGUCAUGGUAUGAUGGGCAGCCAUUCGAGCGCCGCCACGGCUGGUGGCGCUUAUCCCGGAAGCGACCCUGGUCAUGCGCCUCCACCGAGACUGAUGGGUAAUCAUGGAGUUGGUGGACCUAGCCCUUACAAUGGUGCGAACGUUCAAGUGAAACCAAAUGCACCCAACACUAUUCAAUAUUUGCCAGCUAGGCCGAAUGUCGGUCAUGCACCACCCCGAGGCCCACCUAGUCUGGACUUUCUUCAACGAUUCACGAAUCCGUUAUCUAACUUGGAGUCGAAGAUGGGAGGAUCACCUUCCGUGAACCUUCAGUACUUCCCAAACGGCUGUGUGCCGAAUAGCAUGGGUGGUCCACACAGCGGUAUGCCGUCCAAUAUGAAUACUGCCGGAAUCCCCGGCAUGGGCGGCUCGCCCAGAAUGGACGGCCAGUCUAUGAAUACCUCCGGUACGAUGCACCCGUCCAUGAGACCGGUCGGCAACAUGCGACCGCAGCCGAAUCUGAUGCGGAUGCAACACAUGGUAGGCGGCGGCGUCUUCCCAGGCGGCUCCAUGGAUCCUGACAAAGUCUUCCCACCUGAUAUGGUGUCGCAAAACCUACCGAAUCAGCCGAACCCGGGAAUGUACGGCGUGUCCGGUAGUAAAGGCAGUCCGAUGGGACUCGGACCGCCACCUGAUGCUACUCAGCCUCUACCGCCGAGCAUGGGCAGUGCGACUGGCAAUUUCAAGAACAGCCCGUUCGUCGGCAGCGGGCCCAGCAUGUCCGAUCCGACUUAUGCUCAACAGUUUCACAACUUCCAGCAACAGCUUUACGCCACUGGUACCAGAGGCAGCGGGCCACCGCAUCCUAAUCUGCACCCACCGCCGAACUCUCAUUCGCAUCAGCAGUUUUUCCUACCGAAGUAAAAGCUGUUUGUUGAUUCAUAUCGCAACGACAACGACGACGAGGACAAGGACGACGAUCGUAACGACAUGGACAGAGACGAUGACGAUUACUACGGUGGCCUUUUAGCGUCCCUCUUUCUCUUUCUCAGUAUCUAUUUCGCUCUCUUAACUCUCUGUCUCUGUCUCUCUCUCUCUCUCUCUCUCCUCUCUCUCUCUCACUGUCUUUCUCUCUCAUAUUCUUUUUUUUUUUUUAUCUUUUUGUCUAUCAGGGAUGUUUCUAUUAAUCGUACGAGAUAUUUCUGAGGAUGUACACUUUGCGAGAUAAAACGGUCUUGUAAAGGAUAAAGAGAGGAAUAACGAUAGAUAUAUAUGUUGCCACCUUUAGGAGGUAAAUAAGAUAAUCAUCUUCACGAUAUUGGCAUGUGCGACACAAAAAAUCAGAAAAAAAACAAAAUUAAUUUCGCGUUGUUUAUGUCGAUCAAAAACUGUUUCUGCGGUUUCCUUUUUUUUUUUUUAUUUUUUAUUUUUUAUUUUUAAAUCUUAUUUCUACACCACACGAUAUCGAGUCUCGUGUCUCCGAAUUUGUUAUCCCGAUGUCUUGGAAGUAUCGUUUUCACAAAUUUCCCAGGACAGGUCUAUAUAUGUAAAUUCUCUAAACGUUAACGCGGAGACGCGCGAACACUCGCUGUGCGUUCAUGUAAAUACCGAUGUACACAAUCUGGUUUUUUUUCUUUUUAUUUUUAUUUUCUCUUUUUUUUCUCUCUUUUUUUUUUGUAGAAAUCGUUACUUUGCUCGAAGAAAAUAUAUCGCUAGGCUUAAGGAAUAUACUGUUACUGUAACCCGAGUGUAAAAAAGAAAAGGAGAGAGGAAGAAAAUCGAAAUUCCUUCUCUUCUUCUGCGCUUUGUUCAUACCGGUAAUUAAAAAUCUGAAAUAUGUCAGCGUGCGAGACACGAAACGCGCGCGCGUGCGAAAACACGGAGCAAGAGGAGUUGGUACGCCGGUACCGUAUGAUUCACAUCCUUCCUUUAUCAUUAUAUACUUAACACAGUCAACAAGCUCAAAUUUAUUAUUGUACAUAUAUACCAUAUAUAUAUAUAUAUAUAUAUUAUAUAUACAAACACAUACCACAAAGGACAUACAUACACGCAUCUACACAAACAUAAUAUACACACACACACGGACACACAUAUACACCUGUUGCAACAUAUAAAUCCUUAAAAUAUUGUCCAUCCCCGUAAUUCCCAUUGAUUUCCCUGUGACCAACUCUGUGCAUAAUCAUGAUCCUCCCAUUCGCCCCUCCCUCCCUCCCUCCCUCCCUCACCCCUCUUCCUCCCUUAUCUGUAGUUUAUGACAUAAAGAGAAAAGUAAUUGACUAAGAAUUAUGUUGUUGAUGAAUAAUUUUUAUUAAAAAUGAAAAUAAAGAUAUUUACAAGAAGUAUCAUUACGAUAUUUGAUCGAUACAGUCGAUUUUGCAAUUCAGAAGAACGGCUAUCGGAGGUUUCAUUCACGAUAAAAACUAUUAUGCGAGAUGCGGAAACGCGAUACUAUUUUAAGAUGCGCUACCUUUUCGAAAUAUAUAAGCGGACUGUUUCUUCUCAAACUUACUCGGAUCUGUGAUAGUCGAAGCAAGAGAACGUAUCCUUAUUAAAUGUCUUCUUCAAAUUCACGUCGAAAUAAAACAUAUCUGCUCUGUUUUUAGGACAGGGUCCGCGCGGAGUUUUGCGCUCUGAAGCGCGCCGGCUCUUGUUCGCGCUUUCUCUUUCCCGGCUCUUCUCGUUUUCUGAUUAACUGAGAUUUGCUCUUAGAUUGCGGUCUGAGAGAUGGACAACGAGAGGAACAGAGAGAAAGCAGGCGUGGACGUCAAAUGCCGCAAAGCGCAAAAUUACGACGUCGGCUCUGGUUUAAGAAAACCAUGUAAAACAUAUUUCGCUCUCUUCUCAGUCCGAGAGAGAGAGUCACGCAUAAAUGAAUGACGUAAAAAGAGAGAUGAGGACAAGAAAAAAUAAAAAAAAAAAUAAAAAAAGUUAGAACCCUUUGGGCAGCUUGAGCAAUACGAAGCAGUGACACAGCUACAAUAGAAAUCUCGAAACACUGCGACGACGGAGCUUGCGCAGAGCGUUGACAUCAUCGAUUACAUAGAAGUAAGAUCUUUUCUACAUCAUAUAUUUAACUUGUAAAACGAGCUGCGAAAUAACUUGUUCUUUUUUUUCUUCUAUAGACGAUUCACGUUUUGCAGAUUUAUCAAUCUCUCAUUAUUCGCUAGCAAAAGAAAAAAACAACACGCUACUUGUACGCCAAACUGUUUUCUUUUUUUUUCUCUCGUACACUCACCGCAGUCAUUCGAACAACGAUAUUAUAUAUAUCCGCGCGAACAAGAGA